AUGGUAGGUUCAUGUUUUGGACACCAAGCCGUGGUAAAGCUACUCCUCGAGGGCAAGGCGGACGUCGAAUUAAAGGAGGGCAACUACGGUCAGACGCCGCUGUCGUUGGCGGCUGAGAACGGCCACGAGGCCGUGGUUAAGCUGCUCCUCGAAGGCAAGGCGGAUGUCCACUCAAAGGACUGCUACGGUCAGACGCCGGUGUCGUUGGCGGCUGAGAAUGGGCACGAGGCCGUGGUUAAGCUUCUCCUUAAGGGUAAGGCAGACGUCAACUUAGAGGACUACAACUGUCAGACGCCGCUGUCGUUGGCAGCUGAGAACAGG